GUUUACCCCUUAUAGGCGUUAUGGCAUUGUAAUGUAUGUCGUCUUCCUCAUUUCAUCUUUCUCGUUCUACCGCAGCUAUUACAUUCUUACUGGGAGACGUCUUUGUUAAUGGUCACAAACAAGACAAGAAAGAUCCAAUCAGCUUUCAGUUUGGUUAUUCGUUGGAGGUUGAGAUUGAGGAGCUAAAUAAACAAAAAGAUUAGGUAUUUGAUCAAAGGAGAGAGAAUUAUGGGUGAUAAUGGAAAUAUGAUGUCAAUGGUAUCUAUAUCUCCUGAUUUUGGUUUCCUACAUUUAAAGGGGAAUCCUGGUCUAUGGAUUGAAAAAAACACCCCUGCUUCUCAUCUCUUGGUUAAAUUCUUGCACUUGGAUUAUGAGGGCAUGAAAGAUGAUGAGGAGCUUCAGAUUGGGGAAUCCAUUGGGAGUCUGAGUGAACUCACUGAACUCACUAUUAAUGGCACUGAAUUCCUCAAGUGCUUGCCUAAAUCCAUGGCAACCCUCAAGAAGCUGCAAAAAUUGAUCCUUGAAUAUUGUAUAAACUUGCUUGAUAAUUUUGAUGUUUUAAUGCUUACUUUUACUCUUACCUGUCUUAAGCUUCGAGAUUGCGAGAUCACAUCCUUCCCUAAGAGUUUAACUUUUCUUUUCCGCUUGACUUCUUUAUCUCUUUUUAUAUGUGAGUUCCUUACAGAAUUGCCAUCAAGUUUGUCACUAUUGAGGAGACUUACCCAUAUUUCCCUCAAGUAUUGUGAAAGGUUACAGUCCCUUCCCUAUACCAUGGCCAAGCUACUCAAUUUGAAAAAAUUAUCUAUCAAAGGCUGCGCUUCCCUCACCGAAUUGCCUGAUUAUUUGAAAGUCACUCACCUCAAGCUUAUCUAUUCUAGUAUCAACUUUAUUCCUAGUGAUUUAAUCAACCUACGCCACUUACAUGUCUCAGUUGACUUUCUAUUAGAAGCUUCGUUUGAGAACUUGAAGAAUUCGGUGUACCUUCAUCACCUUAGCAUUUAGUGUGACGGCAGUGAGGUUUAAGCUGAGAUUCCGAAAUUGACCGCUAUUUCAAAUCAAUUUGUCAACCUUCAGUCCCUUUCUUUAAACUCAUUGUUAUCCACAAAAUGUGUUGAAUUCCCUGUAAAUUUGGAUGGGCUAGAUGAGCUAAUCUUGCUUGAUAUUAGAUGGACGAAAAUCAAUUACAUUCCUUGGACCAUCGCUGAUUUAAAGAAAUUACGAUUCCUAUUGCUACCUGAUCAAUUUAGACUGGAACUAUUGCCUUUUCAUCUCAAUGAUGCCGUCCUUAUAUCUAUGCUAGAGAGGCAAAGUCGCAAAACUUGGCAAGAAGUCAACCAAGGGUUGAACUUACCAGUUGUGUCAGCUCGGGAUCCAUCCAUCAUAUCUCCCCCUGGUUACAUCCCAUUGCAACAAGAUCUAGGGCAAUGGAUCUACGAUAACUAUAAAUCUCGUGACAAGUCAGCACCCUCAGGGGAAUUGUCCAACAUCACACAGCUGUAUAUUUCUCAUUGUAGAGAUAACAAUAAGCUUCCCUUGACAAUCACAAGGCUUAGGAAUCUCUCUAUUAAAUAUUGUGGCCUUGAAUUCCAUUCAAGUAACUUGGCUAAGCUAUACAACUUGGAAACUUUGGAUUUGAUCAUACAGUCAUGCCGACAAAUAUGGAUUACCCCAUCGGUCUUAGACAUCUUGUGCUAAAUGGCAUCAAUAUUAGCUUGCUCCUUGAUAACAUAGCACAACUAUCCAACUUGAUCACUUUGGAAAUCUUUGAAUGUAAUUCCCUCAAAUCGUUGCCAAAAUUUGAACAUUGUUAGACUAAAGCUUGAUAGGAUCAUCACGACCCUGCCUGUCAGCUUACUCCAUCUUGAGAUCUUUCAUAUGAAUGAACUUACAUGAGAUCUUUCAUACGAUUGCCGCCAGAUUUGGGUGAGCUGAUGGAAUUGGAUACUCUUAAUAUUAGUGGAACGAAAAUAAAGUCCCUCCCAGAUAGCAUCAUGAAGCUUCCGAAGCUGCAACACUUAAUUCUCCAUAGGUGUUUCAAACAAGAAAGUUUGCUAAAGAAUUUGCAAGGGUUCAUCAAUAAUGAUACAAGUGAAAUAUACUACAAGCAUGUGGACUCAACUUAUGAAGGCAAUGAUGUUACACUUGAGGAAAAAGAUGGAUGUGAGUUUUUCAGUACAUAUUGAACCUUUUUAUGUCACUAUAUAUGCCACUACUCUUCCCUCUUUUAAUGAUCUUUUUGUUUCUUGUUUCUUGGGGGUGUUUAAUUAUUAGCUUUUUUGUUGGGUUUUUGGUUGACUUUUGGCUUUCGAUUUUUGACCUUUGGUUGAUCAAACAGCCAAAGGGUGUUAUGGUUAGUAUUUGGCUUGUUGGUCCACUUUUUCUCUAAUAAACAACCAUCAUUUAAUGCUCAAUUUCAACAAACAUCUCCUUAAACACUUAGCUUUUUCAGCUUCCUUAACAACCAACAAAAAAAACGAAACUUUCUAUAGGUCAAACAAGCCAACUGAAAAAGACAACAACCAACAACUCAUUGCCAAAAACCCCUUAUAUACGUACUCCCUCUGUUCCUAAAUGUAAGCACUAAAACCAAUAUCAUAUGAAAGCUUUUUUUGGUUUUUUGGUGCUUUGAUUUAGGGAUGAGGGAGUAAUUUUUAGUUGUAUAUGAUAGCACUGAGCAGUAGAUUCAAGAAUCGGUUUAUAGAUAGUUAGUUUCAUAAUUCUAAUAAAAAAUGGUAACAUCUCUAAUGUGCCACAUGGGAAAAGUUUGAUGGAAAUGAGUUUUUCUCAUCUUUUCUCGACGAUCUAGUAUCAUGCGUUGUGCCAUUCAUUGAAAGGUAUAGUAUGGUUAAGGGUGACGGAAAUUGUGGUUUUAGAGCUAUUGUUGUAUUUGAGUAUUGUGAUGAGGAGAAGUGGUUAGAUGUGAGGCAAGACUUGAAAGAGGAACUAACUACCCACGAAGAGUUGUAUAAAAGAGCUCUUGGUGGUGAGGAGGAGCUUAAGAAGGCACGAGAUAUAGUGGAUUGGUAUGAAUCUCCUGCUCCUAUGAAGCAUUGGUAUGAUGUUAUGCGUUUAGGCUUGGUAGUUGAAACAAAAUAUCAAAAAAUUUGCACAUAUUGGACAAAAACAUGGCUAGUAACGAUCUUGCCUCUGGAGAGUAGGACGGUUGAUCAACCUCCUUCCGAGUACAUUAAUUUGGCUUCAAUAUGGGUUGAUCACUUGAUACCAUUGCACUUGAGGACCCGAGAUCUCCCAUUACCACCCCUUGUGCCACGUUGGGAGAAUCAUUGUAACACCGCAGUGAAGUCUUGGUUUAUGUCUCAUUUUAAAAUGCAACUUGAUUACUUUUGCCAAUUACUUGCCUUAGGUUUCUUCCUUGCGUAUCCAGAGCUUUUGGCUGUGAAGAUGUGACUAAAUUUGUUGUGGUUGCCUUUUGCUUAUCUAGAGGCUAUUAUAAUGUGUGCUUAGUGUUGUAUGAGCAUCUUAUAUGUAUUCAGCUUAGAGGUUGUCUAGUGUUUUGUUAUUUGCCUACAUACUCAGCGGGCCUUUUUGUACGGAAGCUACUACAUCAUGUUCAAUGGAUGCAACUAUGCAAGUGUUCAUGACUCUAGAAUUAGUCAUAGUGUGUUCAUCGGUUUCUCCCGCUUGUUGUUAAGAAGAUGGUUAUUGUGUAAAUGUUUUUUUCAUUAAGUAA